UGGCCGCUCUUUUUUACUUUUUUUUAUUUUUUUUUUUUUGAGGCGUCAAUGCUGAGUAAUUUGUAGUCACUGUAGGUAUUCGUUGUUGAUGCUGCAACAGGAUCUGAAACUGGUAUACGAGGAUGACAGGGGGGUUUAAAGGGCUGCUGCUGCUCUCUCUGUGUCUGGUGGUGUGGACAGUCCCAAUAGAUCGCAACGCAGACACCAUUCAUGAGGAAAAAGCAGAAGAGAAUGUGGACACUGGUCUGUACUAUGAUCGCUACCUGAGGGAGGUGAUUGAGGUGUUGGAAACAGACCCUCACUUUAGAGAAAAACUCCAGACAGCCAACACUGAGGAUAUCAAGAAUGGGCGCCUCAGUAAGGAGCUGGAUUUGGUGGGACACCAUGUGAGGACCCGACUGGAUGAACUAAAGAGACAGGAGGUGUCACGCCUCAGGAUGCUGCUUAAGGCUAAAUUGGACAGCACCAAUGCACAGAGUGUUCAGAUGGAUCAUGCCUCUUUGUUGAAGCAGUUUGAACAUCUGGAUGCUCACAAUCAGAACACUUUUGAGGCCAAAGACCUAGAGCUUCUUAUUGCCACGGCCACUAAAGACCUAGAGAAUUACGAUGCAGAGCGUCAUGAAGAGUUUAAGCGGUAUGAGAUGCUGAAGGAACACGAGCGGAGGGAGUACCUGAAAAGUUUGGACCAGGAGAAGAGAGAAAAGGAGGAGAGGAGAAUUGAGGAGCUUAAAGAAAAACACCGGCAACAUCCUAAAGUUAAUGCUCCGGGUAGUGUGGAUCAGUUACGUGAGGUUUGGGAGGAGACAGAUGGGUUGGAUCCACAGGAGUUUAAUCCCAAGACUUUCUUUAAGCUGCACGACACAAAUGGCGAUGGUCUGUUGGAUGAGCAAGAGCUGGAGGCCCUCUUCACAAAAGAGCUGGAAAAGGUGUAUGAUCCAAAGAAUGAAGAGGAUGACAUGAUGGAAAUGGAGGAAGAGAGGCUGAGAAUGCGAGAACAUGUCAUGCAAAACGUUGAUAUCAAUCGUGAUAGGCUGGUCAGCCUGGAAGAGUUCCUCAAAUCAACGGAGAAGAGAGAGUUUAACAACCCAAAGGAAUGGGAGACACUAGAUGACACAAAGCCAGUGUACACAGAAGAGGAGCUGCAGCGCUUUGAGGCAGAACUUCAGGAUAAGGAGGUGGAGCUUGGGAGAAGGGCAGAGACACUAAGACAGGAACAGGAACUUCUCAAAGAGAGAAGCAAAGCUCUGGAGGCUCAGAAAAUAGAAUAUCAGCAGGCAGUAAUGGAGAUGUCACAAAAACAAAAGGAGCAACAGGCAGUUAACAGACAACCUCCCUCUAGGCCUAAUGGUGAACUUCUGUUUCAACAAGAGAUCCAGAAACUAACAAAUGAAGACAGUCCAGUGGUUAAAGUCCCUGUUGAUCAGAAUGGUGAUGUUCAGAAUAAGCUGCCAGCUGAGCCACCACAGAAUCUGCCUCAGCACACUUCCUAACACACUCACUUCUAUCUGCUUUUAACUUGAAAGGACUUGGAGCCUUUAUGGCAUACUCACCUCAGUAUGCACACCUCAAACACACUCUCAUGUUGUCAUGUUCUGCUUCAUCCUCAACCAAAUCUGUCCGAUCCCUAAAACUGUGGUAACCUUAAAGACCAUUGUAGUCUCUCUUGGGAACCUGUAUGCUUGCUGUAUUAGUUGAUGUGAGGAGAGAAAGAAUUCUUGGUAAAAGUCACCUUUGCCCUGGUUUCUUUAAGGUUUACCGUCUUGAUUUGCUUUUUAAAGCGCAACAGUGAAAUUAGAAAAAGCUUCAGAUUGUUUCUUGAAAAAAUGUAAUAAUAUAGUGUGGAUCACAAGUUUUUCUGAUAUGAGGUUUACUUAUAGAGGAGCACAAAUCCAUAAACCAAACAUAUGGAGCUUAUUCAGAGUGGCGCCAUAUACCAUUUUUGACAGGAAUACAAGGCUGCGAGGGAUAGACUUGCAGUGUCUUCAACUCGUGUUGAUCGCACAGCUGAAAAAACAUCUUUCCAAAAACAUUUCUUUAGACAAAAACUAAGAAAAUCCGAGUUGUGAAAAUUAGAUUUGAUGUAGGACCUUUAGACAGCUAUCCUUCACAGCCUUGUUUUCACUAAUGUCAAGAAACUAAAUAUGGUGCUACUCUGAAGAAGGGCUAUUAUUGAGAUAUGUGCAAUUAAUCUAUUUUCUUGAUGUAAUAUCAAAUCCCAAUAAUUUUAUGACAGUAUUGUAUUUCUUUCGUUUAAUAAAUGAUAUUUAAAAAACUUA